UGCCGCCUACGCAAACUUCGUUAUUGAGUUUCCGUGGAGGCGGUUCCGGCUCCUCCCUUGCCAGACGACGUCACAGGAGCGCGCGCCAUCCUCAAUGUAGGUCACCUCUUUGACCUUUUGGCAAGCUGGAUCCGACUCAUCUCUAUAGGAACCAGCUUCAGUCGCCCAGCAUCCAGAGUUCUCCGUCAUGGCCUCCAACACCUCGAACUAUAAACUUAGUGCUACAACGGCCAAUUUGAAAUAUAAUGACAUACUGCCCUACCAUACUGACGAUGUACCUCUGGCGAGGGAAUUACUUCACAAAGCAGUUAGCGGCCUUCCAAAUUUUUUCAAAGAAAAAGUCCCCACGAACAUUCUGCCCUAUAAAACCGAGAACGAAGCACAGACUAGGGAGUUUUUAAACAAAGUGAUAGAGGUGCUGCUGGAUUUCGUAAAAGCCUCGAAUGAUCGGAACGAGAAGAUUCUGGACUUUCAUCAUCCGGAGGAAAUGCUGAAAUUAUUGGAUUUGCGGGUUCCAGAUCAUGGGGUCACUUUGCAACAAUUGGUUAAUGAUUGCGCUACAACGAUGAAGUACCAAGUGAAAACGGGUCAUCCUAGGUUUUUCAAUCAGCUCUCGUCUGGCUUGGAUCUGAUUUCUAUGGCUGGAGAAUGGCUGACAGCUACAGCUAAUACCAACAUGUUCACCUAUGAAAUUGCUCCUGUUUUUAUUUUGAUGGAGAAUGUCGUUAUGACCCAUAUGAGGGAACUUAUUGGAAGUGAUUGGAGAGACGGCGACUCCAUUCUAGCUCCAGGUGGAUCCAUUUCGAAUCUUUACGCAUUUUUGGCUGCCAGACAUAAAAUGUUCCCCAACUACAAAGAAAAAGGAAUAGCCACUAUUCAGGGACAACUUGUGAUGUUCACAUCAGAUCAGAGCCACUACAGUGUAAAAUCCUGUGCAUCUGUGUGCGGUCUUGGUACUGAUAACUGCGUAAUGGUACCAUCCGAUGAGAACGGACGUAUGAUUACUAGAGAGCUGGAGAAAUUAGUAAUCGAUCGGAAAAGCAGAGGACACAUUCCUUUCUUCGUUUGCGUUACAUCGGGUACCACUGUGCUGGGAGCAUUCGAUCCUAUUAACGAAGUAGCAGAUAUUUGCGAUAAAUAUGGAAUGUGGCUGCAUGUUGAUGCCGCUUGGGGCGGGGGUUUACUGUUAUCGAAGAAGUACAGACAUCCUAGGCUGAGUGGUGUUGAACGGGCGCAAUCCGUAACAUGGAACCCACAUAAACUAAUGGGGGCUCUUUUGCAAUGUUCAACAAUCCAUUUCAAAGAAGACGGCUUGCUCAUGAGUUGUAACCAGAUGGCUGCCGAUUAUCUUUUCAUGCAAGACAAGCUCUAUGAUAUCAAGUUUGAUACUGGAGAUAAAGUGAUUCAAUGCGGUCGCCACAACGACAUUUUCAAGCUGUGGUUGCAGUGGAGAGCCAAAGGAGACGAAGGAUUUGAAAAACACAUGGAUCGACUGAUGGAACUAUCUGAAUAUUUAGUGAAGAGAAUCAAGGAUCAACCUGACAAAUUCUACCUCAUUAUGGAGCCAGAAAUGGUAAAUGUCAGCUUCUGGUAUAUUCCAUCCCGACUGAGAAACAUGCCUCAUAGUAAGCAUAGAGAACAAGAACUUGGAAAGAUGUGUCCAGUUUUAAAAUCGCGAAUGAUGCAAGCUGGCACAUUAAUGGUAGGCUACCAGCCAGAUGAUCGGCGGCCUAACUUUUUCCGGAACAUCAUUUCUUCAGCGGCUGUUACUGAAAAAGAUGUCGAUUUCUUGCUGAACGAAAUGGACCGGCUUGGACACGACUUGUAAAUUGAAUCCGCCUCUACAGAGUUUCGCUAGAAUUUGUAUUCGUCAAGUUAUUCCUAUACUUUGGUGUCUAUUACAGUUUUCUCAACUUCACUUUUUCGCAUCUUGAAGGAAUACGUAGUAUAUCAAUGUUUAUUAAUAUCUCGUGCCAAAAUAUAGACAACAUCCCACUGAAUUUGUGAACAGUGGUCUUUAGUGCGAAAUUUAUGUACAGGAUGUGUUUCUAGCAAACCAACAUUACCUACCCAUUUACAGUAUUUAUGAUGCGAUUGGAUAUUCAGAAAUUUAGGUUAUUCAGUUCGAUUGAUUCAGCUUAGGGCACCAGGAUUGCUAUCACCUAUUACAAACCAAACGGUAGCGAAACGCGAACAAAAAUCAACAAUUAGCUAGUGGCUAAAAAGGCACAUAUGAAAUAUGAAAGGAAAGUAGAACGGGGAUAUAUCGAACAUUUAAAAAGUGAGGAACGCUUUCGGAUAUAUUUCAUUAUUUCUUUACUAAGUUGAGUUUUCGGUUUUACGAAGAGAAUACAUUCUUCUCAACAGCGCAUCGUUAAUAUUCGGACUGCUGCACGUUAACCAGAAGAAUUCUUGGGUAGCUGAAGUGGGAAACUAAACUAGAUUAAAUGCCUUUUUGAAAAAAACCAUUGCUUCUUGUCCGAUAAGCAAUGCAUUUCAAAUCCCCGAAAAUACAUCUUUCUAUGAGAAUAAUGUUUAGGUAUUGAAGAACUUUCCGAUAUUAUAUGUUUUUCCUUUGACUGCGUAUAAAAAUUUCGCAUAUCGAUGCAGAUUUAAAUUAAAGAAAUGUAUAAAAAUACGGCAGCUGCAAAACUCACGACAUCGUGACUAAUUGAUUAAUUAUUUACAGCUGCAUGCUAUUUACAAGCAGUUGUGUGCACACUUUACUCAAAUACGUAGUAUUUAAAUAUGUAGUAUUGGAACAAUAAAUAAAUAGUUACGCCCCAGUAUCCAUCUUCGGGUACCCUUAAAAAUAAUUACCCGAAAGCAGUAACCAACGAGUUACAAGGCGAAAACGAAACAGGCCUUUGAGUAAACAUUUUCCAAGGACCUGAAGAUAAAUUUUUAGGCCGCUACGACCUAAUUUUUUGCUUAAAAUGCGACUAUACUUGCACGUACCCCCGGUCUAUCAUUCAAAUACAGUCUGGUCUGAUUCUUAUACCGUUACUUCGAUAAUGGCUUAUAUAAAACAUUAUUACAUAUUAAAAUAGUUAUAUGUACUAUAUUUGCUUAAUAUUCUAUAAAAAAAUAUAAAAUACUUUCCUUUGCAGAGCAAAGUUUUCUAUUGUCAAUAAGGCAGUCAAUUAGUCAAUUUCUCUAUGUCGGAAUAUCGGUUAAUUAAUGAAACUAAAGGCAUUAGUCAAUUGUUAUUAUUAUCUUAGCGGAAUGUAUAGUUUAUUGAUUGAAUUAAAUUUAUUACAUGAAUUGUUUUUAAACAAGUUGGCAAAUUUUAUUAAUAAAUACGGUUUUAUGAACCAAUAGUAUCAUAUGAAAACAUAUCAAUGUAGGUGGCAGGAAAAGUCUUGAAACAUUACUGAAGAUUUUUCCAUUGCGGCCUGUUUGCAAAAUCACACGACGGUCUGAAUGGGUCAAACGUUGAAAUUUGAGCGUCAGAAUUUAAAUAAAAUAAACGGAAUUAAGUACUGAACGUAGAUACUCCAUAUCAUGUCUUAGAUCACGAUAUUAUAACACUACAAUAGAUAUACAUACCAUUGAUAUCGAAAUCUAAUGAAACCAAAAUAGCUUUUAAUAAAAAUGAUGCACUUCAGUAUUGGUUAAAUAAUUUGAAAGGUAAUUUUGCAUUAUCCGACUAUAAAAAUUACUACUAACCAUACAAAAAUUCAGUUUUAGAAAUUACGUUGUGUAAAAAUAUAAUAUCUAGAACUAUUAUAGAUAUCUAGAUGUGUAGCUGAUGCAAUAAUGUUGUAUGAUAAUUGAAAGAAUCUUUAUUUAGAAUCGUAAUCAGAAAACUAUAUUUUUCUCUAUCAUUUAUUUACUUUUAAAUGUAUUGUUAUUGUUCAAUCACACAUUGUCUAUUACGUUAUAUACUAUCAAUACAGUAUAAUAUUUUCGUGUGGUAGAAGUUCGAUUAUAUCAUGUAUCUACUCAAUAUGCUAUUCUGUGCUCAAAGUUAAGCAAAAGACCGUAUAAAUCGAGCUUCUACCGAUCACCAUAAAUAUGCGUUAUCUCUAUAUUGUAAAUAUACUCGAACCUAUGCACCUAUUGUUAACUCAGCACUUGAUGUUUGCACUAAACGUUGUAAUAUAAUAAUUGCACUUUCACUAUUAUGAAAAAAUGUUAUAGACAUAUUUUUGUUACGAAAUUAUAUAUAAAUAUCCAUUAUAAAAAAACCCCAAAACAAACUGGGAAGGUAUUGUUAUUCUCAAAACUGGGAACUGAAUCUUGAUUAGGCAUUCUAACAAAAAUAUGUCUUUCCUUUGUAUAUUGAUGUUGUUUGCAAUAUAAAUGUACCCGAAAGGAAAUAUUGCUCUUGUUUGUUGCUACUUAAGCGAAUACUUCUAAAUUUUGUCUAAAACAAGAAUGUUUAAAAUAUUGUUUAAUGCCCGAUCAAAUAGGUUUAACAAUUAUUACUGAGAAAACAAAAUCGACGAACAAACAAGUGUUAUAUUCCUCGAUCGGUGAUAGAAUUAUUGGUGUUCAAUUAGGCACUUAUAUUUGGUGCAAUGCUUAUUUAUUCUUAGUUUGUGCUGUUUUUGACAUUUAAUCAGAUGUCUUACGUAAAUAUUUAUUUUCUAUGAUUGAGAUUCAAUUCAUCAUGAUCUGAAAACAUGACUUUGUGUCUUCAUUUAAAAUUUGGUAAUUAUCCAGUAGAAAGUAUCCACUUAAAAUUCUGGUCAACUUUUAGUAAAUUAUUAAUUAACGAUUAAUAAGCCCCUCAUGCUUUUCUGCCAAUUUUAAGGCUGCGCUGCUUGCUAUCUUGCGGAAAAUUUCUUCUUUCGGUUGUUCUUAGCUGCUUACGCCAUAUUGUUAUCGUUGUGAUCGAUUACACUUUAGACUCUAAGAGAAAUGUAAAUUUACAUAUUUUAAUGUUACAUAUUAUGUAAAAAGGUAUAGAACCGAACGCAUAGUCAUCCAUACCCAAAUCCAUUACGGCUUAAUAGGCAUCGAAUUUUAAUUGGUAAAAGUGGAUGUAUAAAAGAGUAGAAAAAUAAAGUUAUAGCUGUCUUUA